AGGUGUCGGAGGCCAAUCGCUCAACGGGAUAUCCAAUGUGACAUUGGAUGGCGCCCAAUCACUGCGCGGGAUGACAUUGGACGUCACCUAUCGCUGCGCUUCUUUCCAGUCCCUCCGCCAGUGACUGACAUCGCCGGCGAAACGGCUUCUAACAACUCUGUCAGAAAUGAGCAUCAAACCUAAGAGCCACAAGGCCAUGGGAGAUGGCGAGUGGAUGUCGAGGCUGAGGGCAUUUGCCACCACUGGCCUUUGGCCUUCAGGAGGUAAUAAACCAGCCCCAAGGCAACGGAAGUGGUAUGACCUCUACCAGAAGAUUGAGAAAUGCCCCAUGCAGGCCCAUGGACAGAGCACCCUCUUUGGAGGGUCCAAGGCCUGUAACUGUGGAUUUCACACCGUUAAGCAGCCUGCCACUCCUGCUGAAGCCCCACAGUCUGUGGCCUCAGACUCGGACCCUGGUGCGACUUCAGCAAGUGCUGCAGCGUCUGCCGCCACCCCGAGGUCUUUCCUGCGGCCCCCGCUGAGUUUGUCAAUGUUCACUAAAUCACGUUUUGGUGGGUCAAAGUCUGACUCACUAAAGCCCAAUUUAGUGGCUAGGAGGACCCCCAGCCCUUCUCCUCCUUCUCCAUCCUCUGUGAGGACCCCGAGCUCUUCUCCUCUUCUUGCACCAUCCCCUGUGAGGACACCGACCCCUGCACCAUCCUCUGUGAGGACACCGACCCCUGCACCAUCCUCUGUGAGGACACCGACCCCUGCACCAUCCUCUGUGAGGACACCGA